AUGGGGCAAGAAAGCGAGUUUCCAGAAUUACCUCCACCGCAGCAGCUUCAAGAACAUUUACAAACUUUUCGGAAGCAAGGGGGAUCUUCACUUAACCAGCAGCAAUAUGGACAACAGGGACAAAAACGGACUAGAAAUUUUGGGACAUACGCCGGUAACUCAGAGAGAAGUUACCAGGUGGAUUUUCAGCAGGGCUAUAGAAAUGGGCAACAACAUAAUAAAAGGGAUUCUAUUAGUGAAAAUGCAGCAUUUAAUCCUUCACUCCAUGAUGUAUCCGAGGACAGUUUAUUUUCUUGUAAUGAAGAGAUGGAUGAAAGUUUUUUAGAUACUAGUGUUAAUGUGGUUUCUAAUGUUGAUUGCAAAAUUGAUGUUUCACACAUACCAGUUUUUAAUAAGUUUAUGCCACCUUUUAUCAACCAACGUAUUACACAAUUUGGUUCCAUGAUGGGAUUCGGAACUGGAAAUAUUUGUGAUAAAGUAAUAUUAAAUAAACAUGAAGUGCCCUAUAAUUUAACUAUAAAAGAAUGGCAGGCUUUAAAAACAUUAAGUGAAAGAGAAGACAUAGUAAUUAAACCCUCGGACAAAGGGAAUAAAAUAGUUAUCAUGAAUGUAUUACAAUAUCAUAGUAUGUGUAUGGAACAUCUGAAUAAUAUUGAUGUUUAUGAGAAGUGUGAUAAAAACAAAUAUGAGCAAGCUAUGGCUGAAUUUGAGAGAAUUUUAGACAUAAGUGUUAGAUUAGGUUUUUUCAAAGAAAGAGAUGUCAGGGAUAGAUUGAUUUAUUUUGGAGGAUAUGGUUAUUUUCCUCAAGGCAAACACAGCGGAACUUUUGAAUUUGAUGCAACAUCCUUUGGGAAUCCUUACUUUGCUAGAGGUUGGAACAAUCAUGUUCACGUUUUCGAUACUGAAACAUUCGCAUGGAGCCAGCCAGAGACAAAGGGUAAGACACCCUCUCCUCGUGCUGCUCAUGCAUGUGCCACGCUUGGAAACCGAGGUUUUGUCUUUGGGGGAAGAUAUCGGGAAUCCAGAAUGAGUGAUCUGCAUUAUCUUAAUUUAGACACCUGGCAGUGGACUGAACUGUUGUCACAGCAAGAAGAUUAUCCAGUAGGACGAUCAUGGCAUUCUCUUACUCCUGUCUCUUCUGAUCACCUCUUUUUAUUUGGAGGAUUUACAACAGACAAACAGCCGUUAAGUGAUGCUUGGCUGUAUUGUGCAAGCAAGAAUGAGUGGGUACGAGUUUCACACACCUUUGCUAAUAAACCAAGACUUUGGCAUGCAGCCUGUGCAAGUGAAGAAGGUGAAGUAAUUGUUUUUGGAGGCUGUGCUAAUAACUUGCUAGAUCUUCGUACGUCUGAACAUAGCAAUGAAAUAAUCAUAUUUUCUGUUCAACCAAAAUCUCUUCUAAGGUUAUGCCUUGAAGCAGUGAUAUGUCACAAAGACACACUAUCUAGUUCGUGGGACUGUCUUCCAAAGCACUUGCUUCUGAGUGUCUGUCAGAGAGUUGGCAGCAGCAACACAUCUGGCUCAUGAGACUUGUAUUUUUGUGCAUUUUAACUGAAUUUGCUUGUAUUUUCAGUUGAAAUGUUUACACAUUAUUUCUUUAUGAAAAGAGAAUUUUCUGUUACAGUGGUAUAUAUUGCUAAAAGAUGAUCAAAUAUCGUCAUUUGUAAAUUAUAUGUAAACAUUUUGUUAGUUUGUAUACUUGUAGCAUAGAGAAUAUAUUUUUGUGUAAAGACUUGAUUUUCUGUAAAUAAAUGCAUAUGCAAUAUGUACAUUAACUGAAAGCAUCUGUAAAAUUGACAUAGUAAACAAGUGCUUGUGGCUUACAUUGAUGUCCAUAGUUUUUAUUAAAACUCUUUAUUGCUGAUA